UAAAACGACAGGCGAGGACACUCGGGUGAUAUUUCCGAACGCAGUCCUAGUGACGUUGCGGUUAGGUUGCUGAAAUUCCUAAGAGUCAGACUUUCCUAUUGGACGUCAAUUCGGACUAUUCGGAGCGAACCGACUUGGAAGUAGUUGAAGUUGCCGCUUUGCAAUUUCCUGAAGUUGACUUCUCGCCGCCGGCUUUACAUAUUUUACUUCGAUUGUUUCGAUUUUCUUUUUACUCUUUUGUCUCCGUCGCAGAUGCGGGAGAAACAGUAUACUAUCGCAAAUCAUCGCAAAUCUAUCUUUUGUUGACUCGCAUUGUGAAGAACGGCGCGAAAGUGAGCGGCUUUGAUUUCUAACAUCACUAGCAAUUUUAAAUAGUAUCAUUAUUUAUUUUUACGAAAAAAUAGUAUCCGAUUAAUCAAGUUAAACGUAUACGUGUACAAAACGUUUCAAAAUGUCGCAAAUGAACACGUUGAUCUGCAACAAAUGCUUCACUCCGCUUUAUAGAGGAAAACGUCCGUUCCACAUUACACAGUGCGGUCACAUCUCCUGCCAGACUUGUCUGCAGCAAUUCGAGAAACAGUGUCCGCAAUGUCAGCGUGUCGGCACUAUCUCGUUAGCAUUGGAAGAGCCGCUGAUACCGAAGGUGAUGCCGUUCUUCCAGCCUUUUGCCGAGUCUAUGGAAAUGAUGUUAAAGGUGGACUUGUUCCGCAGCAAUCAACUUAAAAUAACGAUGCAGCGCUUCCAAGAACUCGAUAAAAAAUACGAGGUACUGAAAACCCGAUACUGGUUAGAACAUCGCAAUUUGAAAGCGUUGACCGAAAAGUACAUUGCUUUGAAGAACGAGAAGGAUAAGCUCGACAAGAAAGUGCUACUCUUGAUGGCCAAUAAGGAAACUUCGCGAUUCCGCGGAAUGGAAACGCCGAUGACUGACUCCGGUAUUUCGAAUCAGUCAAGCACAGGAUAUUCUCUGGCAUCAUCGGAUUUUAUGAAAUCCGCGGACAUUAAUAUAACACCUAUUCGAUCGCCCGAGAGGAAAUUCUAUAGAACCGCCGAUGGUUUUCGCAUACCCAUAAACCGUAAACCUGCGAAAUCUCGUGCUUCUUUAAAUAUGUUAUCUUAAACUGUAGUUUUUUUUUUACA